AUGCAGAUUAAAUUGAUAAUUGAAAGUAUUGAAGAUGAAGAAGAAAUUCUUCAAAAUUUAAAUAUUGAUUCUAAAGAUUCAUUUUUAAUUUGUCUUCAAUCAUCUUCAUCAAUAUCAUCAUGGAUUGUUGAUUAUUAUUUUACAAAAAUUUAUUCAAAUGAAAUAAAAUUAAUAAAUAAUAUAAUUGGCUUUUAUGAUAUGUUUAUUAUUUAUCAAUUAAUUCAAUCUUCAUCAUUAUUUGAAUUUUUUCAAUUAUGUAAAAAUAAAUUAAAACAAAUUAAAAAUGAUUUAAUACUUGAAAAUUAUAAUAAUUAUUUAAAUCAAUAUGAUUUAAUUGAUAUCAUUGAUCUUUUUCAUCAAUUAAAAUUAGAAUCAUUUAUUAAUACAAUUAUUUUAUCAAUUAAUAAUAUUAAAAAUGAUAUUGAUCGAUUACUUUUCGAAUAUUUAUUAGAAUUAUCAUCAUCAUGUUGUGUUUAUAAUGUCAAAACUAAAUUAAUAACAAAUGAAACAAAAGAAAAUUUGUUUAAGUUAAUUGUUAAUAGAAAAAUAUCAAUUGAAAAAACAAAUAGAAAAAAUUCUAUAAAACAUAUAUUAUGUACAUAUUUAUCAUUAUUAUUGGAUACACGCAAUGAACAUGUACUUAUACAUUGUCUUGUUACAUGUGCACGCAAUGGUAUUGAACGAGAAAUAAUUGUUGGAUUGAAACAUUUAUCAAAAAAUGAAUAUUUAACAAUACAUCAAAUUCUUCUUUCAUUUCUUCGACAUAAAGAAUUAAUAUUAAAUCGUACGUCAUCAUUACAACAAGAUUUCAUAAAUAAUGAAGAUGAUGAUGAUGAAUUAUUUCAUAUACUUGAUAAAUAUUAUAUUGAUAUAAGAGAAUUUUUUGAUUUUAUUGAACAAUUACAAAUGAUAAUUGAAGAGAAUAAAUAUUUAAAAAUUGAAUCAAUUGUGACUUUACGUAAAUUAUUAGAAUUAAUUUUAAAACAAUUAUGUAAAAAUAUAUCAUUUAAUCAAAAUGAAUUGAUAAUAAAAGAAAUUAUUAAAGAAUUUUGUCAAUGUUUUCAAACAAUACAAUCAUUUAUUACUUGUACAUCACCAAAUCAAUCUACAUUAACUGAUCAUCAUUUUCUUCGGUCAAUCGCUUAUUUAUGUGCUAAACAAAGAGUAGAUUUACCUGUAUUUAUUGAAAAUAAUGAUGAUUAUGAGAAUGUAACAACUAAAUUACGAGCAACGACUUCUUCUGAUCUUUUACAAAAUCCUUUGAGACUAACAUUAAGUGUAACUGAUCAAACAACAGAUGUAUGUCUUAAAGAAAAAGUAAUUAAUUUUCCUAUAGAAUCAGUAUUUGUUGAGCAAUCAAAUACUAAAGAAAAAACUCAUGAUCAAUUAGAACAAACAACAUUAUCAAAUAAAAAUCAAUAUCGACAAAUUAAAUCAUAUCGAUGUCUUGAAUUAUCAACAAUUCAUGAAACAAGUUUCGAAUCUGAUUCAAUUAUAAAUAAUCAAAUCGAUUAUUCAACAAUUCAAUUACAAUCAACUAAAAAAAGACAACCAUUACAAGAAAUUGAUAUAAAUUCAUUUAAUCAUGAAGAACGAAAAAUUGAAAAUGAAAAAAAUCGUUAUCAAAAUUUAAUUGUAUUAACAUUAGUAAGUGAUAAUGAUCAAGAAAAUUUACCAAUAACAUCAACAAAAAUUGAAUCAUCUAAUAAAAAACAAAAGAAAUGA